AUGAGCAAUGUUUACCAUGGUCAAAUUCCACUUUCAUUGGUUUCUCGAGUAUUCCUCGGAAUUGGUUCCGCAGCCGCUGCUAUCUCUGAUCCAAGAAGAGGAGAUAUGAUUGCUACGAUGGGUGAAGUGACAGCCUCUGAAUCGAUUUUGGAAAAAAUUAGACAACGAAUGGAAAGCGAUGUUGUGGGUCUACGUAUUCUUACUGAGCGACCAAGAGUCACUAACGAAACUGUGGAUAGAGAGUAUCUUAGAGGGUUACCUGAAAAUACAUUAGGGAAUGAAUACGCUAAAUUCCUCGAUAACUUGAAAACUUCUCCCGAUGCGAGGCCUCCUGUGAGAUUCGUGCAGAACGCAGAACUUGUUUAUGUCAUGCAGCGCUACCGUGAGACCCAUGAUUUCAACCACAUCCUUUUGCAAAUGCCUACGAAUAUGCUGGGCGAAGUGACAGUCAAGUAUUUUGAAGCUAUCCAGUUUGGUCUUCCUAUGUGCGUAACUGCUGGAAUUUUUGGAGCAGCCCGACUUGGGAAAAACCACCGAAAACGUUUUCUCACUCGCAAUCUUCCUUGGGUCGUAGAGCAAGCGUUACAAUCACGGUUUCUGUUGGCUGUGGAUUGGGAAAAUCACUGGGAAGAACCAAUACUGUCACUUCAAAAAAAAGUGGGUAUUGUUCCGCUCACUUGA